AUGGCCUGUAAUAUUCGGCAAAAUCCAAGGAUCCAUGGCCUUCGACCGCCGGAUUCGGAAGCAGAAGUGAAGCUCUCUCAGUUUGCUGACGACACGACUUUAUUGUUGACUGACGAACAAUCCAUCAUUGAGACUUUUAACACCUUUGACCCAUAUAAACGCGCUUCCGGCGCCAAGAUCAACAAAGGAAAAUGCAAGGGCUUAUGGCGUUGCGCCUUCGCACAGCUCACCGAUCAAUUAUUUGGAUUUGAUUGGUACAAUGACUUUAUUCCCGAUAAGAUCCUUGGCCAGUAUUUUGGAAAUGUGGAUUGUACCCAGAGAAACUGGGAAGCAAAAAUUCAAACGAUUAACAAUAUCAUCGCUGCUUGGCGCCACAGAGAU